AUGAAGAUGACAAGAGUCUUUUUACUCCUCACUCUGGCAGUUUUCUGCUUCUCCAGUGCUGCCAGCCAAAAUGGGAGUCAGGUUGACUGCAGUGAAUUUAAGAAUGUAGAGAGAGGUAGAGAGACCUACUGUGCAAAGAUCUAUCAACCUCAUUGUGGCUCUGAUGGCAAAACCUAUACAAACAAGUGUUCCUUUUGUGCAGCAGUCACGAAAAGUAAUGGGACACUGCGUCUGAAGAAAACUGGUGAAUGUUGA